AAUAACAAAAUUUCUCCGUCACAGCCCUCUGUAACUGUAUCAAAACCCUCCGCACCUUCUUCCUCUUUUGACUCGAUCGAAAUCCUCAUUGCUUCUGCGUCGGAGCGCAGCAAUCAGUAGAGUAACGCGUAACUAAGAGUUCCGUCGGAAUUUGGCGAUGGCGAUUCUGUAUGGCGUGGUAGCUCGUGGGACGACGGUGCUGGCGGAGUUCAGCGCUGUGACGGGGAACACUGGCGCUGUGGUACGGCGGAUACUCGAGAAGCUCAGCGAGACCGAUUCGGCCGAGUCGCGGCUGUGCUUCUCUCAGGAUCGUUACAUCUUCCACAUCCUCCGCUCUGAUGGCAUCACGUUUCUCUGUAUGGCCAACGACACCUUCGGGAGAAGGAUACCGUUCUCAUAUUUGGAGGAUAUUCACAUGAGGUUUAUGAAGAAUUAUGGGAGAGUGGCUCCUUAUGCGCCUGCAUAUGCUAUGAAUGAUGAAUUCUCAAGAGUGUUGCACCAGCAAAUGGAGUUUUUCUCCAGUAAUCCGAGUGCGGAUACGCUCAACCGUGUUAGAGCAGAAGUUAGUGAGGUACGUACAAUCACAGUGGACAACAUUGAGAAGAUUCUAGAGAGAGGUGACAAGAUUGAACUUCUUGUUGACAAAACAGCAACAAUGCAAGAUAGUGCAUUCCACUUCAGGAAACAAUCAAAGCGCCUUCGUAGAGCUCUAUGGAUGAAGAAUGCCAAGCUAUUGGCCUUGCUGACGUGUUUGAUUGUUCUGCUUCUAUACUUCAUAAUUGCGGUUGCAUGUGGAGGCAUCACUUUACCUUCUUGCCGAUCAAAAUGAACAGUUGUGUUCUACAUUGGGUGCUCCUGUUUGAUAUCCAAACCAUGGCAGCAAAAACUCCAUGUGCCUUAUGAUUGCUUCUGUCGGAAUGCAAAUGGAAACUGCCGUUUCCAGAUAAUUUUAAUUGAUUUCUGCUGCUGUGGCUGUAAAGUGGUGUGAUGCACAAGCAUGGUAAUAUCAGUGAUGCAGUUUACUUCCUCUUUCACGUGUCUACAUAAAAUGGUGGCCUUUUUCUUUCCGUUUCAGCUGCGUGUAUUUAUAAAAUAACAGAGAACAUAAUGAAGUGUAAAAGGUCUACAUGUUUGUGAAUAUGGUGGAACUGAACUUGUUGAAAUAUAUCUUAGCGGAGUUUCAUAA